GUUUGUGGUUAUUUUAGAGGCAUACAACACUCUGAGGCAUUGAGGAAGCAAAGCAGCAUAUGAAAGCAUCACCUUUGGGCUCAGGGCAUUGAUAAUACAUACUACAUAUGUGGACUUUUCCCGCCUGUAUGCUGCCAUCAAACAAACUUACAAUGCAAUCGAUCAGUCUUUCCUUCUGUAUCCUAGGUUUGGUUGUGGCUUCUGUCACAGCAGAAAAUAACUCAACUACCCAAAAUUCAACUGGAUUUGAUAGUAAUGGAAAUUAUUCCACCACUGUAAAACCCCUUAACACCACGGACAAUGUCACCAGAACCACCAACAACACUACCGACACCUCCACCACUACCUUGAACAUCACCGGGGGCAACAGCACCAUCCCACCUUCAACAACAAAGCAGACAAGAAGGGAAGGUUCUACCAAAGAACCCAAAGGUACAGCUCCUUCGAUCACCACACCUAUACCCAUUGAUCCUUCUAAAAGCCCAACAUCGGCCGCCAAAACAACAAGCAAAAGCACCACUGAUAAGCCAAACGAUGCGAGCACAGGCGACAUCACUGGGAUUGUCAUCCUAGUUGUGAUCAUCUUCAUAGCUUUUGUAUGUGGAGCGGCCUGCUACUUUGCACGGAAGAGAGCAAGACGCUACUCUGUCGACUUCACUUCCAGACCGGACGAAGCCAACAUCCCUCUCAGCACUGUGGAGCCUGAGUUGCCUGUUGAUACUGUAUCUCAGAACGGACUGCAAACCUUUGAAAGUACAGAAACUACCACAAAAAAGGAGCAAGAACCAGAGGCAAAACCUGAAGUGCAGGAGGAGCAGAAAGCUGAGGCUGAUAAAUCUGUUGUUGAUGCCAGCGCUGAGUCUGCAGCUCCGGCGCCAUCCCCAAACAGCAAAGAGGACGUUGUUGAGCAAAGUCCCCCAGCACCUGUGGAGCCGAGUGUGGAGGAGAAAACUGAUGACGAAGGUGUCGUCUCCAACAAGACCUCAGUGGAAUCACUGAAGGAGACAAAUGAGAACAACAGCAACAAUGCUGACUUCAGUCAGAAGAGAGAUUUGAAGAGGAGCAACAUCUUCUGGGACAUUCCUGUCGAUUGUCCGGUGUGAUAAAUAUCACCUCUCUGCCCCUGCGCUGUUCUUCAGAAACUCGAUUGAAGAAGUUACCACAGUGGAAAGGGACACGUCUGUUCAUACCGAGCGAGAUAUCUAAUUGGCUGUUGGCUCCUUGUUGGG